AUGGCAAUCCAAUACUCUCUCACUUUUGCAAUCUUGGUUACUGAGGCAGCUCUAUUUUGUCUCUUGGUGCUCCCUUUACCUGCAAAAUGGCGUAAACAUAUGCUACGACUCGUAUCCACAUCUCCAGCGCUUGACAAGGCGAUGUAUUCUCUCAAGGUCACAUUUGGGUUCAUCUUUUUGCUGUUUGUGGACGCCAUCAACAAGCUUUAUAGUAUCGAAGAGCGCCAUCCUGAAGGAGAAGAAAUGCAUGAUUAUACAUUUGAAGCCAAUUUGAAGGCCACCAAGUUUUAUGCCCAACGAAACCUUUACUUGACUGGAUUUACCUUGUUCCUUUCAUUUAUUCUGCAACGCACGAGUGCAUUGAUUUUCCAGGUGGUGCAACGAGAGGAAGAGCUUGAACGCGUGCAAAAUGAGACCCAUACAACCACAAAGAAGCAAAAGGAGAUUAUCGAUAAGGAAGCUGGAUACAAGAAACAAGUGGAUGUGCUAUCGACCGAGUUAAAGGAUCUCAAACAACAGCAACGCGAUUAUGAAACGCUCAAACUCCAAGUGGCACAACAAGAUGCUGAGUAUCAACGCCUAGCAGAUGAGCGUAAUGCUUUGGAACAACAUGAUGGCGCAAAAGUAGAGACACGCAAGGAUAUUUGA